AUGGAAGGGUUGUUCUUCAACGUUGACUACGGAUACGUGGAAGGGGUUGUCCGUGGUUACAAGAGUGGGUUGUUGACCCGGAACCAAUACGUCAACUUGACUCAAUGUGAUAAUUUAGAGGAUUUAAAGUUACAGUUAUCAGCUACUGAUUAUGGUAACUUUUUAUCCAGUUACUCUGGUCAAUUAUCUACAUCUGUUAUUCAAGAGAACUUGAGUAAGAAGUUGUACCAACAAUUUCAAUAUUUACGUAGUAAUUCCCUGGGUACCUUGAGUAAGUUUUUGGACUAUAUUACUUAUGGAUAUAUGAUUGACAAUGUACUGUUGAUGAUAACUGGAACAUUGCAUGAAAGAGAUAAGUCUGAGAUUUUGAGUAAAUGUCAUCCAUUGGGUUGGUUUGAUACGUUGCCUACGCUUUCAAUUGCCACGGAUAUUGAAAGUUUAUAUAGUACCGUUUUGAUUGAUACUCCCUUGGCACCAUUUUUCAAGGAUUGUCUUACCGCAGAUGAUUUGGACGAUUUAAAUAUUGAGAUCAUCAGAAACAAAUUGUUCAAGAAUUAUUUGGAAGCCUUUGGUGAAUUCAUCCAUAAGAACUUUGGACUGCCAGAUGUGGAAAUUAUGGAUAAGUUGUUAAGUUUUGAAGCUGAUAAAAGAGUUAUCAAUAUUAGUUUGAAUUCUUUGAAUAAUCCAGAUUUACUGUCUGAAGAGAAGUCCGCGUUAUUUCCGCAGUUUGGCUUGUUAUAUCCGCUUUAUCACCAUCAAUUGUCAGUGGCUGAAGACAUUGAACAAUUGAAGCUGCUCGUGGAGUCGGUGGCAGAAUAUAAAGAUAUCUUUAGUGAAUCUGCUGAUCUGACUGGUGGAGCUAGAAACUUGGAAGAUUGGUUUUAUUUAAUAGAAAUGCAGUAUUGCAAGAAUGCCUUUACUCAACAGUUCACAAUGUCCACUGUUUGGGCUUGGUUAAGAUGCAAAGAGCAAGAGAUUCGGAAUAUUACUUGGAUUGCUGAAUGUAUUGCUCAGAAUCAAAAGAACAGAAUUGAUAAUUAUAUAUCUGUUUUUUAG